UUGGUUUUAUUCUCCAAUUUCACAUUUUCCUCCGUUGUUGCAUAUUUUUCCAGUUCUGACCAGGUUAAGAUACUGCCUUAACUUUUCCGAAAAUUGUAGAAAAAUUGUAGAAUUCUGUCAAACUUUUUUAUAUAACUGCAGGUUCACUGAUCUUUAGGUUAGACUUAACAGUCCUAUGUACAUCUAUGUACAGUUGUCCUUUUUUUUAAUCCGGCAUUCUUUGGUUUGACACAUUCUGUAAUCUGGUUCUGAUGAAGGCGUUUGCGUUAGGAUAUGUUCGCAUGGAUUCUGGCAUUUGUUGAUCUUGACAGCCAUAUCAUGCCACUUUAAUGCUCCUAGUACAUUUUUUUUCUUUUAGAGCAGCUUAUUACCAACGGGUGUGCACAUUCUGAAAAGUUAGGGAGAAGUUGGAAUUGCUCAGGGAAUUUACUUUAAAUCCUGGAAAAGUCUUGGAAAUUUCCCAUUUAUGGUUAUUUUGAGGGGGGAAAUGCCAUGCUUCUCUCUGCCAACACUCAGACUGUGAAAGUUUAUAUUUUUAUUUUUUUCAGAUGGUGUUUAAGUGCAUAGUUGCACACAUUAUAAACUGAUGUGUGUAAGGUUCUGUUUGAACCAGGUCAGCUACAGGGCUGGUGGAGUUGAAAGGUGUAAUCACAAAUGACAGCUUCAAAAUUCUGCAUGAGGUUCACGUCCAGUUUGACAAGGAUCUGCCAGAAUUCAGGACCAGAAGCGGGGUGAUCCGGGACCCGGAUGGCUGCACCGUCACGGCGCCCACCGUGAUGUGGGUCAAGGCCCUGGACCUGGUGCUGGAGAAGCUGCGGCUCGCCGGGGCCGACUUCAGCUCCGUCGCGUCGCUGUCCGGGACUGCGCAGCAACACGGCUCGGUGUACUGGCAGCGCGGGGCACGUGACGUGCUGCGCUGCUUGCAGCCCUCGCAGUUCCUGCACCAGCAACUGGCAGCGUGCUUCUCCCUGCACUGUGCGCCCGUGUGGAUGGACUCCAGCACGACCGUGCAGUGCCGCGCGCUGGAGCGGGCCGUGGGCGGGGGGAGGAGAAUGGCUGAGAUCACCGGCUCAACAGCGUACGAAAGGUUCACCGCGUCGCAGAUAGCCAAGCUGUACCAGAAGAGACCAUCUAUUUACAACAACACUGAGCGCAUUUCCUUGGUGAGCAGCUUUGCGUGCUCCCUGCUCCUGGGAGACUACGCGGACAUCGACCACUCGGACGGCUCGGGGAUGAACCUGCUCGACAUCCACUCCAAGCAGUGGUGCAACACGCUCCUGGACGCCACGGCCCCAGAUCUGGUGUCGAAGCUCGGGUACCCGGUCCCUAGCUACAGCGUCCAGGGAACUGUGUCCAAGUACUUCGUGGAGCGGUUCGACUUCAGCCCCGACUGCAAAGUGGUGUCCUUCACGGGAGACAACCCAGCCUCCCUCGUAGGCAUGCGGCUGAGGGAGGGAGAUGUGGCGGUGAGCCUGGGCACCAGCGACACUGUUUUCCUGCCCCUGAGGGCUCCCAAGACGCUGCUGGAAGGCCACGUGCUGUGCAGUCCACUGGAGCAUGAUGCGUUCAUGGCGCUCCUGUGCUUCAAGAAUGGUUCAAAGACACGGGAACGAAUUAGAGAUAAAUUUGCCGAUGGAUUGUGGACAAUUUUCGAUGAACUGCUGGAAAAUACCCCACGUGGAAACUUUGGAAACAUGGCGCUGUUCUACGACGUGCGGGAGAUAAUCCCGUUCGCAAUGGGCGAGUACCGGUUCAACAAGCACGACGAGCCACUCAGCAGGUUCACGAGCCACGAGGUGGAGAUCAGGGCGCUGGUGGAGGGGCAGUUCGUCGCCAAGCGCGCCCACGCUGAGGACAUGGGCUUCCACCUCGACUCGAACUCUAGGAUAAUAGCCACAGGAGGUGCAUCGAACAACAAGGCUAUACUGCAGGUGCUUUCCGAUGUGUUCAACGCUCCUGUCUACGUCCUGGAGUCUGCCAACUCUGCUGUGCUGGGUGCGGCGUACCAGGCCAAGUACGGUCUCGUGGCCGAUAACAUGACCUUCCAGGAGAUGACCGAAUGCAUUCCCCCACCGCAGCAGGCCUGCUGCCCGUACGCUGACGCAGCCCAGGUGUACUCCCCAAUGGUCAAGAGAUACAGGAAAAUAAUUGCAACAAUCGCCAAUGAGAAGUAGUAGUAGCUUUGCACACACCUGCCUCUCUAAGUAACGUUAAGUAAUGAUUUGAGCAGUUUUGGGGUAACAAAGUCAAUAAUUAUGUCAUUUUUUGAAGUAGCACUUAAUAAAUUUGAAAUAGAGCUCAUUUUCAUUAAUGUUAAUUUUUUAUUUACAUCCAUGCGCAAUGACAACAACGCUUGUGUAACAUCAAACACAAUGCAAAAAAUUAAUAAUAAGACGAGUCUUAAAACCA